AACAUGUUAAGGAAACUGGCACUGGUGCUGAGAGUAAACUGAUUGUUUUGGACUGUUGGCUUCCACCUGUUCCAGAUAUCCAGCUACACACGGGCACAUCACAGCCGUAUGACAGGUGAUCUCAGCCGGGGGGCUGUCCUACCACAUUUGGUUUGUUCUGGCUCGAGCAGACUGAGACCACAUAUCCAGCUUUGUUCCGGCUAAAGAUACAGCUUGCGGUGUAUAGCCACAGUCGUCGGCCGCUCCAUUCAAUAAGAUGCAUCACGUUCCAGCCUGCGGCGAGGAUCCUAGAACUACACUGAACCUACCCUUCCUGUUGCUUCAUCAAUCAGUCAUGGCGACUGGGGGAAGAAGAGAGUCAAAAGAUAAUGGAGAUGUGCUUCAGGUAGAUGAGGAGCAGGUGAGUCAGCAGACAGAAGCUGUAUUUCUGAGUUACACCUUUCACAUGACUCAGCUGAGGAGAGAAGAGGAUGAGGAUUCUGCAACACUUGAUAGUGAACUAGAGGAUGCAAGACAAAGAGACGGCAAUAUAGACGAAGUUGGAAGAAAACUAGCAUUGAUCGGUGAUGACUUGAAUAAGCGCUAUGAGGAAUACUUUGAUACUGUCCUUAAAGACCUGAAUCCCAACUUAGAAAAUGCUUAUGACUACUUCAAAAAAAUUGCUUCCAGUGUUUUUGAGACUGGAAUGAACUGGGGACGAGUUUUAACACUCCUUGGCUUUGGGUAUAGGAUGGCUGUUUACAUUUGGAAGAAUGGACAGCGUGGAUUUUUACGGAUAAUUGGCCAAUGGCUUGCUAGAUAUCUGGUGGAGAGUAGCAUGGCACGAUGGAUAGUUAGACAAGGUGGUUGGGCUGCUGUUCUUAAACUGACAAAUAACAGCGUGAAAUACGUACUCAUGACAUUGGGAGUUGUCCUUAUCCUGCAGUUUGUGAUUAAACGUUUAUCGUGACAUGAGUACUGCACUCUGAAAAGUUAACAUUGGAGUAUGUUACUCCAUCAUUGGAAAGUGAUAUGAGAAGGAAUUCUGCAGCAAAGAAGGGUUCAAUUCCUAAACAACCUGUGGAUAUUUCUCACCAAAGGCCACAUAUGUCUCUUAUUUACACCUGAAAGACUUGCUGUUUUAUACCUGAGCUAUAAGGACAUUUCACUUUUUAUAUCAAACCUUUUAUUAUCACCAACAAGGUCUGCAUGAUUUGUUACUCUAUUAUUGAUACAAAUUUCCGUUAUUGUCUCAGGGAUUAAAGAGUUAACUGUUAUGGGAUAUCUUGGAGCUGUUCAAGGAAAAGCCAUUUAGCACAGAAACUAUUAAUAAAGGUCCCUUUUUACAAAACAAA